GCCUCGCCCCGCUGCGCCUCGCCUCGCCUCGCCUCGCCUCGCCUCGCGCGUGCUCCUUUCAACCCCGGCGGAGUCGCAGCCAUUGUUGGAGGGUCGGUCGGCUCGAUUCCUUCGGAACGCACGUCCAUUGCGCGCGUAACACACCCUUUCGUCGCGGGGAUACCGAGCGAAGAGGAACGCGAGCGAAGGGGAGAGGAAGAAAGAGGUGCAAGAAGACGCGCGCGCGCGCGCGCGCGCACGCGAGAGAGGAUCGGCAACGCGAGGCGAUGUGAAAGGAAGAAACCCUCCUCUCCUCGUCGGCGCGAUGAAACACCAGCAUCCGCGUGACGCUGAUUCCGCGCGACCGCCGACAACAGCAGCAGCAACAGCAGAAGCACUACCCAACGUUGUCGUCGUCGUCGUCGUCGCCAUCGCCGUCGUCGUCGCCGCCGCCGCCGUCGCCGUCGUCGCCGCGGCCGUCGCCGUCGUCGCUACCACCGUCGCCGCUUCCGCGUUGCUGCAGAUUCUCGCCGAUACAGCGUGUCUCAACGCGAGCAUGAAGAUUCCGCCUCUCUCAUGACCCAGCUCUAUCUGCACACCAGGAAGAAGUCACGGAAUCUCUGCACGCUCUGGGCGAUCAUGACGUUCAUUCGCACGGAGGACACCGGCGAGUUCUUGCGAUGGUGCCGGGCUUACACGGUGCCUCGUUUGCGGUACCGCGAUCGCGUGAACAUGGAGAACGCGGAGAAGCUGCGGGCCGACAAGCUGAUACUCAGGCUGCUGCAGGAGAUAUUCUACUGCGGCUGCUUGCCGCCCUGCGAGAUCGGCCUGUGAGCGGACGCACCGCGCGGCAACCGUGAUCGCGAGCGUAGGACACGUGGAAGUUCUUGACGUCGCUCGGGAGUCCUGCUGCUGACGCAACAGGCCACCGCAGUCUGGAGAGACGAACGAAAUAAAUCAAUAAGUCGUGUCACUCGUUGACGUCUCGCGGUGUUCGCCAGGAACGGUGGUGACGGUGGGAUACACGCGUACCUGUCUCUGUAAUCCCCGAAACUCCUCCACUAGGUCUUCCGCACUGUGUCGGAUCGUUCGAGACCCUGAAACUUGCCGAACGAUCUCGCGAUUCGGCGAGCGACGCUUCCGUCGAUCUUUGCGACUUACGGAGACGAAACGCAUUUUCUUGGCAUUGCAGCAUCGUGGGCGCACAUGUGGACGAGGGUAGAUUACCUUAGCGAGAGGGAUGUCUGAGAGCGACGGAGAGCAUGCAGCUCGCUCGGUGGCCUUAGAGCAAGCCUACGUUCACGAAGUAUACGAGCAAUGUGCCGAGAAGACCACGCAGAGUAAACACUGGCCACGAGUAUAUCAGUUUCUCCAAGAGCUCGAGCCGGGUGCCCUCGUCUGUGACAUCGGUUGCGGCAACGGGAAGUAUCUCAGCGUAAAUCACAGCAUCUUCAAAAUAGGGGUGGACCGAUGCAAGCGUUUCACGGAUAUCGCGCGCGAGAAGGAAAACGAGGUCCUGAUAUGCGAUAACUUGGCACUACCGUUCCGGGAAGAGAGCUUCGAUGCGGUGCUGUCGAUCGCCGUGGUGCACCACUUCGCCACGACGGAAAGGAGGGUACACGCAUUGAAAGAGCUGGCGCGGGUCCUCAGAAUCGGAGGUCGACUCGUUAUAUCGGUCUGGGCUAUGGAACAAAAGCAUAGAAAGUUCGAAUCGCAGGAUGUCUUAGUGCCAUGGCCCAAGUCGUAUUGCAUGAGCGCAGCUUCGGACGGAACGAGGCACUCGAGUGUAUCGAACAGUAACGAGAAACGAGAUGACGACGCCGCUCAGAAGUAUACAUCAUCCUCGAAAAGAAAUAGCCAACGAAAAUGUAAGAGCAAGAGUUAUUGGAUCGAUCCGAUAUUCAGCCUGUCACCAUCCACCAGCAGCCUCUCCAGCCCGAACGAGACCUGUUAUAGCUGUUUCCGGCGAGCGUUACAGAAAUUGGCGAGAAGCAGACGCGGAGGCGGCGGUCGCGCAUGGUUCCCUGGAAGCUGGCAGAGCGGCACCAAGAGUCGACGGCACUACGAUCCCGAGGACGUGACCGACGUGGACGAGCUACCGAUCGAACUGCGUCGCGUGGAGACUACCCACACACUGAUGACCAAUAAGCACACGGACACCUUGAGCAUCAAGUCCAAGAGUCUGGGCGACAUCCUGGAGAUCGAACGGCUGGACCUUAUACGUUCCCGAUCGAGCAUACCGGGCUUCUGCUCCACCUCCGAGCUGAUCCUGGACGAACGGUCCGUCUCCUCGUCCUCGAGCGGCUCGAAGCCGCGGCUGGUGAAGCAGAAGUCGUGCGUGGAGGAAACCGGUUUGGAAAAUCCUGAAGACACUGCCAUUGAAAACCUGAUCAAAGACCUUCCAGACUUUCCUUGCCAGCAGAUGCGUACUUGCAAGCGCAACGUGCUGAAACAGAGCUCGAUGAACGAGGAGCUGAUGUCGGCGGAACGGCUGGAAGAGAAGGAGCGGGUGCGCCGAAAUAUCAUGAAACAGGCGUCCCUGAACGAGGAGCUCAUCUGCAAGUGGCGCACGUUCGAAGCGUUCAAGGAGACUAUCAGUCCGGUCAACGCCAGCCGGCGCUUCCAGCUGCUGAAGAACGGACUUACCAGCAAGAUCAAGCGCUCCACCACGAACAUCGAGAAGGUAUCCAGCAUGUCCAUUAAGAACGGCUUCGUGCGGAUGCUGCAAGGCUGGAAGUCCGGCGAAAACGAGACGACGGAAGCGGCGGCGGCGAAGCCGAAGCCGGCACCGGACAAGGCGCAAGCACCUACCGUGACUGUGGUGAAACGCAGCAUCGAGGGUGUCGAGCGCCGUCUCUCGCGAGAGGACGGCUCGGAUUCUUCCAAGGACAGUAGUCUGCAGAGCGACACCAGCGUGGACUCGGAAGAUAGCUUUGCGUCGGUGAUCUUCGUGCCGAAGCAGGACGUCCCGGUGGCCACGUCGUCGGUCAGCGAGGUGCCGCUUUCACCGCGACCGGCAGCAUUGCAGCUCGGUACAAUGUCAGCACCGCCGUCGCCGCGCGUCAAACAACCUCCGGAUAGUCAGUCCUCCAGGUUUAAGCUGAUCGGUGUGUCGCCGUUGUUGAAGCAACAACAGCAGCAGCCACAACAGCAACAGCAGCAGCAGCAACAGCAACAACAGCAGCAGCAGCAACCUGUCUCGAGUGCAAGUCGCCUCAGCGACGCGAUCAAGCACGUCGCAUCGACCGUUACCUGCAACGACAAAGUACCCGUUGGCAAUUCGCAGACGUCGACGGGGUCUCGCGGACUCCAUCUGAUAGCGGAGCCGGCGGGAGCGGAGGAAUCGGACACCGUGCCGUUGAUACGUGUCUUCAACGAUGUCACCAAGGCAAUAGGACGCGAGCCGAUCAACGAGGACGAGAACCGGAAAGCCCGAUUAAACCAGAUCAAGGAGUUGCUGAUACAGAAACCGGGUUUCGCGACGCGUGUCAGGCCCUCCUUCCCGCUCGUCAGACGCGCCUCUACGGCAGCCUCCGGCCGCUUGGAGACCGUUACGAGGAUCCUGCCGAGGUUGUUGUCGCUGGAGCUCUUCAAUCCGGAGACCGACGACCUGGACAGCGAUUCCAGCGGCGUCUCGUCGCCCGAGUCCGUCGGCUCGGUGAUCAGCGUCACGUCGGACGAGAGGUACAUCGCGAGGAAGGAGGCCGAGGAGAAGAAGAACGCGCAGACGGGCUCGGAAGAGGCCUCCAAGUCGAACGAGAAUUCGGACGCGCUCGUGUCGGAGAAGAAGGACAAAGAAGCAACCGGAAGUACACGCGACGACGAAUCGUCGAGCCUAGGAACAGCGACGACGCUCACCGACUCGAUGACUCCUCCGAAUCCCUCGUACGAGUGCUCGUCAGCGAUCCUGGAGGACGAGGCGACGUGCGACACCUCGUCGGUAGCUUCGCGGUUCAGUGGGAGCACAGAGGAGGACGUCGCGUCGUCGGUCGCGGAGGUGGAAGUGAUGCGCGACUCUCCCCGAGAUAUUCUGAAAACCGACGCGAUCUGUCCGGCGUCGCCAGUUCUUCCGGAGGCCGGCAGGACCAUCUCUUCGCAAUCCAUGAGGCUCUUGGAAGCCGCCGCCAACGUGGCGAGCUCGUUGGAGGACGCCGUAGGGACGGCGAUGCAGCACAACACGCAGAUCGAGUCGCAGUUGCUGCAGGUCGCGCAACGGCGCGACAACGACGGCGAGUUCUGGUCGAGGUCGAGCGUGCGGACGCGAGCAUACCUGAAGCAAGAUCGCAAGGCGGCCUCGGUGGACCUGGCCGGCUACACUGACGAGUCGAGCAGCGAGCUUAUGCGAGACAUCAGUCGGUACUGCCAAAACUCGUCGUUCGACUUCCUCAACGUCUGUCAGGCCUCGAGGACGACCACGUCGUCGGCGCUCGGCGUCACGGACAAUAAUCCUACGUGCUGGGAGGAGUGCAACGGCUUGCCCAAGGAGACCACCACGUGGAUCGUCAACGAGGCGUACGACAAGAGUGGCCACGACAAGUUCGCCAACGCGGUCCAACAGCCCGAACUGAAGUCGUCGAAACCUGAAAGCGGAGUCGAGGAUUGUCCUCAAUUCAAGUCCAAUUCUCACUGCGACCAACAGCUGGCAUUCGAGUCCGAGCUCGAUCGUAAAUUCAAACACGACUUCGACACCGAGUCCAAGUACGGAGUCAAGCUCGACGCUGACCUCGAGACCGGCUUCAGCUCCAAGUACGACGAGAUAUUCAGACUGAACUUCGAGUCCGAGGCCAAAUCGAAAGCCAAAUCCGACCUCGUGUCCAGCCUGAAUCCCGAAUUCAGCGGCUUCGCGGCCGACGUGGAGAAGUCGGCCGUCGACGCCGUGAACGGGCGCAAGCUCAACCCUGGGAAUCCCGUGGGAUCCAACUUCCGAGCCGGAUCAGAAGCUAAAACCAGCCAACGGCACGAGGAUCGAGGUCACGGCGGCAGCGUCUCGCCGCUGUUGCGCAGCAACUCGGACGACGUGCUGGACUUUGUGAUGGUGUCGAAGACGGGCGAGUUCCACUACGAGGACGCGGCGGAGAACGAGAACUCGGUCGCGGGCAAGUGGCGUUCCCAGGGCGGGCUGUCGAUGGACUCGAGCGAGGUGGGCGACUCGAUGGACAACACGACGACGAGCCUGAGCGACGGCAGUCAGGCGGAGUCGACGGCGAGAUUGUUCACCGGCAGCACGGUGUCAUUGGUAUCGAACGUGGAGAACACGUCGCGCUGCGCGACUGAGGCGCGACGGAGGCUGCAGGAGCGCGGCCGCUCGUUGGACGAGAUCUCGAGCGAGGCGAAGAGAAACUCCGCCGCGGCGGAUUGUCUAGUCACGACAACCGACACCCUGAGCAACGCCUCGUCCCAGGAGUCGUUGCCGUCCGACCGCGGUGGCGGCGCCAUCACCUACCACCAAUAUUACCACGUCUUUCGGGAGGGCGAGCUCGACCAGCUGAUCAACAAGUACGUCGAGAACCUGCAUAUCAUCUCGUCGUACUACGACCACGCCAGCUGGUGCGUCGUCGCGGAGAAAGUGCAGGUUUGGACUAUAUGACUUCGGAUAUGCGGAUCGAGUAGAGGACGAGCCGUCGCGCGCAAUCAGGCGACUCAGUUCGCCGUCUUCGCGGUUGUACCGGGUGUCUCGACAGGAGAUGUCGGCGAAGGGAUCAAUUAGGUUCAACUUUGUUGAAGUGAGAAAAAAAAAAGAAAACAAAUUUGCAUUUGCUUAUUGUUACUUUCGAGCCGGGAAACGGAGGCCCGAUCUGCCGGGAGGAGGUCGGAGGUAGCCGAGGACGGGUGGUGUAUGGAUCUAAGCAACUCUAAACUAUACACUAUGUAUAAUUGCAGGAUUUUGAACUUUCAUAGAUCACCAUUUAGGUUUGGAAUUGCGGAGAGGCGUUUGGAGGACACUUACUUUCAUGAUAAAAGUUUCUGAUCCCUCUUUUUGGGACACACCGUAUAUACUGGUAGAUGAGCCAAGUGCGCGAAAAGUGGGUCGCUUCGAGAGGGUACGAAGUUUACGGCUCUCACAAGUCCGCCUGAAUAUGAGAAAUCCAGGGAUCUCAGAAAUCAGAGGUCCAAGAAUCCAAGGAUCGAAAGGCUCAAGGAUCUAAAGUAUAAUCCGAGUACGCAGGAUCUAAAGUAACUCAUGGAAGUCGACUCUUCCUCGACGGUCCGUUCUCGAACUCUGCGACGAUCUAUAAUCGUUAUUGAAAUAUCGCUUUGCGCUCGUUAUACGAAGACAUUCUCCUUCCUUGCGUUCGUCUCAUCGUAAGAAGAGACUUCUUCGCCCAUGACGCCACUGAAGUGAUGAUCCAGAGGUACGACUCGAUUUCCGGCACGAAACGAAAGACGAAUCGUGCGAACGCGAGCGACGAUUUGAACUUAAUAUAUAUAUAUAUAUAUAUAUAUAUAUAUCGUGACAUAUCCAACAAUAAAUUAGGGAACAGUUUAGUAGAGUAAAUUGCUAUUGAUAAACCUUUUUCAUUCAUUCUUAUUAAUCACGGCAAACAAUCCUUGAUUUUGCGCGAGCUCGUCCCUUCUACAGCUCUAUCUUCACUUCAGUGAUACUUAGGGCUGUCCAUCUCGCUUAAUCGGACUCGCACAUCUCUCGGAACAACGAUUGCGGGAAGCACGGCCCUUCGAGAGCACGGCGCGCCAAGACGAGAAAACGACGCGGCAGACGGCAAACGGAAUACAAAGUUGUUGAGAAUGCGCACGUCUGCGCCUCUCUCGACGGGCGAUGCGAUCCGGGCGUAUGUACGUACGUUAAGGACGUAAAACUUCAGAGACAGCAACUGGCUCCAGCUAUGGGGCGUGUUUUCUAGCUUCUCGAGGAACCGACAAUAUCCGAACGCUUGAACGUAGAUAUACCUCGAUAAUGCGAACAUUCCACUUCCAGAGUGUAUACAUACACACACACACACACACACACACACACACACACACACACACACACACACACACACGUACGUGUAUACCAGACAUAUUAGGAUGUCCCUUAUCUGUAACAAUCCCUCGUGCGAUAAUAUUCGGACGUCGAUGCCUGAAUCGCCACAUCGAUGUUAUAUUUAAUCGGACGCUCUUGCGUCUUCAGAGAAAUAUCGGCGGUAUAAAAUUACGACGACAAACGUAGGUAGACAAGCGACGCGAGAAAAAAAGAUGCGGAAGAAAUAUUUUAUAUUCCUGGAACACUAAUAUUAAUAAUACACAGGCGAGUCAUGUUGAAUCGGCUAUGUAG